AUGAAGAUACCUGAAGGGUUCGGAAAACAAGACACAAAUAUGGUUUGCAAGUUAAAAAAAUCUCUUUAUGGGCUAAAGCAGGCAUCAAGGAAUUGGUAUCAAAAAUUUACUAACUCUUUGUCGGACAUAGGAUUCAAGCAAACCGGGGCCGAUCACUCAUUGUUUAUUUUUAGAGAUAAAGAAAUUUUCAUUACUGCUCUGAUUUAUGUGGAUGAUGUCGUUCUUGUGGGAAACAACCUGAAGAAGAUACAAGAUACCAAAGCCUUUUUAAACGAAAAGUUUAGCAUAAAGGACCUCAGCCCUUUGAAGUUCUUUCUUGGUAUUAAGGUUGCAAGGACAAAAGAAGGCAUGGUGUUGAGCCAAACGAAAUACACUCUUGACAUCCUUGAAGAAACAGGAAUGAUGGGUUGUCGACCGAGUUCAUUUCCUAUGGAACAAAAUUUGAAGCUUGGCAAAUGUGAGGAAGAGCCGAUAAUUGAUUCCAACCAAUAUCAAAGAUUGAUAGGAAAGCUUCUUUACUUGCAAGCCACACGUCCUGACAUAGCUUUUGUCGUAAAUGUCUUGAGCCAAUUUGUUAGUGACCCAAGACAGAACCACAUGGAAGCGGCAACUAAAGUUCUUCGAUAUCUCAAAACAACACCAGGACAGGGCAUCUUAAUUCCCAAAGAAGGGGGUACUUCCCUCACAGCCUACUGUGACGCCGAUUGGCUGGGUUGUCCCAUCACAAGAAGGUCUAGAACAGGUUAUCUACUCCUCCUGGGAGGAGCGCCCAUUUCAUGGAAAUCCAAGAAACAGUCUGUCGUUUCCCGAUCAUCGACAGAAGCAGAGUAUCGUGCCAUGGCCAACACUGUGAGCGAAAUAGUUUGGAUGAGAUGGUUGUUGGGUCUUCUCGGCGUGCCCCCCAUCGGCCCAACGCCUCUCUUUUGUGACAACCAAGCGGCCCGUCACAUAGCAAACAAUCCAGUGUUUCAUGAACGGACUAAACACGUGGAGAUGGAUUGUUAUUUUGUCAAGGAGCGCGUCGAGUCCAAAGAAAUACAACCCAUGAAGAUUGAUACAAAGACACAAUUGCUGACCUCCUCACUAAACCAUUAUGGGCGCAUCAAUUCUGGUUACUACUCGACAAGCUGGGCGUUCGAGACCUUCACACUCCAGCUUGAGGGGGAGUAUUGGCCGAGAUUUUAUCUUCCAUCACAUAUAUUUUGGGAUUCCCCAUAUUUUCUUUAUUUUCCCUUUAUUGCCUUUCCUUUUCGCUUUGACUUUUUCCUGUAUUUAAUCGCUGGCCUAUGGCCCCUUUUUUGUAUCUCUGCUAUUGUAGAACAGUGA